AUGCAUAAGAAAUAUGGGCCAAUCGUGCGUAUAAACCCAUUCGAGCUGCACAUUGAGGAUAGCAGCUACUGGGAUGAGCUGUACACCAGCAACAAAGAAUACGAGCGAUAUGCAUGGAUGUCGGGUAGAUUCGGUGCCAAUACCACGACAUCGUCUACCGUCAAGAGUGAUUUGCACUCGAUUCGGCGAGCGCCGCUCAAUCCCAUGUUUUCCAAGAGAAGCAUUACCAAAUUCGAGCCCAUUGUACAUGAAAAGGUUGAGCUCCUGAGCAAGGGUAUAGCUCGCUAUGAUGUGAGUGGCAGCGUUCUAUCUCUCAAUAGCGCUUUCAAUGCAUUUGCCGGCGAUGUCAUCGCAUCGUAUUGUUUUGGCUUCUCGUACAAUCAAUUGGAGUCUGCAGACUUCCACGACAACUUCCACCCGGCCUAUGAGGCGGUGCGCAAAUUGGCGCAUUUCUCUUUGCAGUUCCCGAUGGUGUACAUUGUUCUGGGACUGUGCCCGAGAAGCCUACUGAAACUCUUGACACCCAAUAUUUACAAGAUGUUUGUGUUGCAAAAGCAGUGCCAGGAUCUCCAGGGAAAGAUUAAAAACAUCAUCGACGGCCACGAAAAGAAUCGAGUCGAUUCUGGGCAUCCAACCAUCUUUAACGAGCUGCUUCAAAGCAACCUACCACCGCAAGAGAAGACAGUACGCCGCUUAGGCUCCGAAGCGCAGCAGAUGAUUGGAGCCGGGGUAGAAACUGUAGCAUGGGCGUUGACUACAACCGUCUUUCACCUUUUGAAUAACCCUUCCAAGUUACAAAAGCUGCGAAACGAACUCGACAAAGCUAUUCCAGAUCCUGCGGUGCUACCAAACUCGUUGGUCUUGGAAAAACUCCCUUACCUUGCCGCAUGCGCCAAAGAAGGCGUGAGGCUUUCUACCGGCGUGUCCGUUCGUCUCCCUCGCGUCUCACCGAAGAAGCCAAUGAAAUACCGAAACUGGGUCAUUCCUCCCGGUACACCUGUUUCCAUGACGACACUUGACGUUCUUCGUGAUGAAGAAAUAUUUACAGACUCUACUUCCUUCAUUCCGGAAAGAUGGCUUGAUAACCCCAAAACUAGCCGUGGUGAUAGCCUGAGUCGCUACUAUGUUCCCUUUGGCAAAGGCCCUCGAAUGUGCAUUGGAAUCAACUUGGCAUAUGUUGAGCUUCAUCUGGCUCUUGCAAUGCUAUUCCGACGGUUCAAAUUUGAGCUUUACGAAACUGACAUUUCCGAUGUUGAGAUUGCACAUGAUUUCUUUGUCCCACAGCCAAAGUUAAGUACAAAAGGCAUGCGAGUCAAGGUCAAAUUUGCCGACUCAUAA